CAAAGAAACAAAAAAUAUUCCGGAAUCUAAGAACAGGUACGACCUGAAAAAGAACUGAGAAGUCAAAAGAUCAACUAGCGUGGAAGUAAAGCUAGGAAGAGGAGGAAAGAACAGACCAAGACGAAGUCUUGCUUAUGCUCAUGUCUCCUCUCUUCUUCAAACAAAAAAUUUAGAGUCCUUACUGUCAGAUCAAAGGGAAAACAAUGGAAGAGUUGUGUACGGUGUGCAUGGAGCCACUGAAGUGGAUAGGCUUUGGGCAUUGUGGACAUCGAAGUAUCUGUUCAGUGUGCAUUGUGAGGUUACGCUUCAUUGUGGGAGACAAGACUUGCUGUAUCUGUAAACAGCAUUGCCCUACAGUCUUCAUUACUAAGGAUUUGGGAGAUUAUACAACUGGAAUUGGGGAUUGUAGUGUUUUUCCUGCAUUGGAAGAGGAUAAAAAUAGGCAGUAUUGGUUUCAUGAAGAUUCACAGGCAUAUUUUGAUGAUGAAGAGCAAUACAAUAGAAUAAAAGCAAUGUGCGGGCUGUGCUGCAGUAUUUGUGACAGUAUUUCACAAGAAGCAGGAAAAGGUUUCCCAAAAGGAGUUCUAAACUUUCAACACAUUGACCAGUUGAAAAAACACUUAUUUCACAUGCACAGUCGCUCUUUUUGUGAGCUGUGUCUGGAAGGCCGGAAGGUUUUUAUUUGUGAACAAAAGCUCUAUGCUCAAAAACAGUUACAUCACCAUUUUUCCAGAGGUGAUUCUGAGGUUGAUGGCGAUGAGAGAGAUAGGGGAGGAUACACAGGACAUCCAAUGUGUAACUUCUGCAAAAAGCGUUUCUAUGGAGAGAAUGAACUUUUUCAGCACAUGUCAACAGAACAUUAUACCUGCCACCUAUGCCAACGAAUGAACCCUGGACAUUAUGAGUAUUUUCAGAACUAUAAUGACUUAGAAGUACAUUUUCGUCAGCAACAUUUUUUAUGUGAAAAUGCAGAAUGUCUUGCAAAAAAAUUUGUGGUAUUUAUGUCUGAAUUGGGAUUUAAGAAGCAUAAUACAUUACAGCAUGGUGGGAAAAUGUCUCGGUCCCAGCGUAGUGCUGCACUCCAAAUUCCUGUUAGCUUUCGAUACAGGCAUGAAGUUUAUGACAUAGAAUCUCAUCAAAGUGGCAGACGACAAAGGCAUAAUGCACAUGACCAUGAAACUGCAGCUCUUGAAGCAAGUAUCGAGCUGCCUAUUUUUGACAAUGCUAUUCACAAGUCCUCUAUGAUGAGGGAAACCAGCCAGAAUUUAGCCAAGUCAGAGGUAAUCAAUCGGUUAUCGUCUUCCUCAGGAACAGUAUCUAGCUCUUCAAAUAUCACUGGCACAAACAUUCCUUCUAGAUGUUUUAAAACAGUGAGUCCAUGUGGAUUACCUAUUCCCCUUGAUGAUUCUUCUUUUCCUCCUCUUCCAAUGGUCACCAUGAGUACUCAGAAGAAAGCAGAAACCACUGGACAAACAUACGGUAAGACAAUGGCUAGGACUCUUCGUUGUGGUAAAUCUGGAACUGUAGUUGUCAAUAGAGAAGAACCAAGAGAAAUUAGACAGCACUCCUUGUCAGGUUCUGUAAGUUCAGGAGGACUCUCUUCGUCAGUUUGUGUAACUUCGGCUGUCAGUCAAGCAAACAGCAUCACUGACAUUUGCCUGAUGGAAAGAUCAAGUCUCUGUACCAGCAGUGGAGUACAGACAUAUCAACUCACCAGUCCUGACAUUUUUGGGGGAACGCAAGCAAAUGGUGACAACUUUCUGCUUAUUAGUGGAGCAAAUAGUGCAUGUUCUGUAUCUAUUUCUGAAAAGCAAAACUCAUGUCCAAGCAGUGUGCCUUUAGUGAACAAGAAAGAAAUGCAUGCUGCAAACAAAGCAUUAGUAAAACACAUUUGGUCUGUUUUAGGGGAGAAUGAAAAGCAGUUUGCUGCCUUCAAAAAUGUGUCUACUCAGUAUCGGCACUAUCAAAUUGAUGCUCAGAAAUAUUAUUCAUGCAUAUGUGAAUUAGGUUUGUUAGAUAUUGUUUUAGAGUUUGUGAGAUUAUCUCCCGAGACACAUAAACAGAAGGAGCUUCUUGACAUUCACAAUGCCAACAUACAGAAAAGUGUAAAAAACACACUACAAACUGAUAUCCGAGUUAUGGAUUCGCCUGUGUUUUCUGAUAAUAGUAACAAAGAUAAAAAAGAAAAGUCCAAAGUUGGUGUGAAUUGUAGAAAGGAUCCUACAUUCAAUUCAAUCUUAAGUUCUAUACAUAGUCUGGAGCUGGGCAGAAAAGCUUCUGAUGAAAAUGUGAAGGUAUUAUUGAAGGAUGAAUACUGGGCAGGAGAGGAAAAGGGAAAGAAAUGGAAAACAAAUGAUCCUUGUAAUGCAUCUAAAGCAGUUAUCUCAUUGAUUAAGACAGAAAAUAAUUUGAAUUCUGAAUUAUUGGUAAGCCAGAGUUUUGUCCCGGCAUGUUGUGUGGAUAUUGAUUCCACUGAAAGAUGGUCAUGCCUUGUCUGCACUCUUAUAAAUGAAGUUGAUUGUAGCCAUUGUGUGGCUUGUGGGAUGGAACAUCCCAAGAAUAAAUCUAAGGAGGAAUCAAAUACAAAAAAUACGAUGUUACAAACUGAUAUCCAAGUUAUGGGUUCACCUAUGGUAUCUGAUAAUAGUAACACAUGUAAAACAGAAAAGUCCAAAGGUAGUGGAAGUUUUAGUGUGGUUCCCACUUCAAGUUCAACCUUAGUUUCUAAACCCAGUUGGAAGCUUGGCAGGAAACAUUUGGAUGAAAAAGUGAAGGUAUUAUGCAAGGGUAGAAAUUGGGCAGGAAGAGAAAAAGCAAACAUAUUGGAAACAAAUGAUCCAGGUAAUGCAGCUAAAACAGUUUGCUUAUUGAAUAUGACAGAAAAUAACUUGAAUUCCGAAGUAUUUGUUGAGGCGAGUUGGAGUUCUGUGCCAGCUUGUGGUGCAGAGAAUAUUGAUUCCAUAGAAAUAUGGUCUUGUCUUGUCUGCACUCUUAUAAACAAAGCUGAUUGUAGUCAUUGUGCAGCUUGUGGGAUUGAAAACCCCAAAAACAAAUCAAAUCCCCGAGAAUGGGAAAUGGAAAAAUAUAAAAAGAAGACAUCAAAAUUCCACAGAACAUGCUUAGGUGAUGGUUCAACUGCUAGUUUCCUUGACCUGGGAAAUAAAGAACAUAAUUUAAAUGGUAAAGCUAAAGGAACUUUUGGAAAUACUGAAAAACUAUCUAGUCACAGUGUUUGGAAUAAUGGUGGUGGACAAAGAUUAGUAGCAUUGGCCCAAAGAAAUCAUCCUACUGACAUGGUUUGGAAUUCUUUAAAAUGAAACAGCAGAAAUAUAUUAUUAUUUGGUUUUGCUGGCAACAUGAAUUCUAUAUUUUGUAAAUAUGUAAAGUGGAGGUAAUAAUAACCUUGUCAAUCAGCGUAGUUUUACUUAUGAAUAUAUUCUGGAAAAAUUUCAUUGUC